GCACCGCCCCGCUCUCCCCCUUACUUGUUUGUCUUAAGUGAGGAACAAUCCAUCGCAGCCGGGCUCGAUUGACACUGUCUGCUGAUCUGCUACUGCGGCUGGCACAGAAUAACAAGGCAGUUCGUUAAUACCCGUCUAUCGGGGCUUUCUCCUAUACACCGAGCGAGAGAUAGCGAAAAAAAAGGCGAGUGAGGCAGUCAAGAACAUCGCGCAGACCAAGUUCCGCACCCAAGGAUGGCUUCGGGAGAUCUUUAUGAGGUGGAGAGAAUAGUGGACAAGCGGAAGAACAAGAAGGGCAAAUGGGAGUACCUGAUCCGGUGGAAAGGCUACGGCAGCAAGGAGGACACCUGGGAGCCCGAGCACCACCUGCUCCACUGCGAGGAGUUCAUCGACCAGUUCAACAGCCUGCAUCUGCACACAGAUCGCCGAACCACCAAACCAGCCGCCAAGUCCAGUGGGGGUUGCCCUCGGCACCUCAGCCGUCCAGGCGCCCCGGAGCACACGCGGGCUCGAGGGGACCAUCGGAAGAAAAAACGUCCUUCUGUGACAGGGACUGUGGCUGGGGUCGGGGGAGGGCUUGGGCUCGGGGCCGUUGGAGGAGCAGGACUGGACUCCCAGCAUAAACCCAGAAAGGUGCCAGCAGGGAGCAAGCCAACCGGGGACAGAGUGACCAAAACUAUGCCAUACAAGAGCGUGCCAGGAGGGCUUCAGUUUGUGCCUUCUCCUCGCAGCCCUAACGGACUACAGAAUGGGGAUGUGGACCCCUUGCAUUACAGGACUAAUGCCAGAACAGCACAUGCGAUGCCUAGUGGGGAGAGGAUGGAAAGAAUGCUUGGGGAUAUGGACAUCAGUGGAGCUCCACCGCACAUGAGCAGAUUAGGAGCUACUCUCGCAAAUGGAGGAUUAAAUUUGCACAGCUCAGUGAAAAGAAAGUUGGCGGAGGACAAAGGCUACGUGUUUGACAAGAGACUUAGGUACAACGUGCGACAGAGCGACAACAACUGCCGGUUCCGAGACAUUGUAGUCAGGAAGGAAGAAGGCUUCACGCACGUUUUGCUCUCGAGCCAAACCUCAGACAACAAUGCACUCACACCAGAGAUAAUGAAGGAGAUGUGUCGUGCCCUGGGGAACGCGGCGGCCGACGAUAGCAAGCUGUUGCUGCUGAGCGCCGUGGGCAGCAUCUUCUGCAGCGGACUGGACCCCUCCUACCUCAUCGGACGCCUGUCCACCGACCGCCGGAAAGAAAGCAGUCGGAUCGCCGAUGCUGUGCGGGACUUUGUGAAGGCAUUCAUCCAUUUUAAAAAACCUAUUGUGGUGGCCAUCAACGGUCCCGCCCUGGGCCUGGGGGCGUCCAUCCUGCCACUGUGUGACAUUGUGUGGGCCAGCGAGAGAGCCUGGUUCCAGACGCCCUGUGCCGCCCUCCGCCUCACCCCCUCCGGCUGCUCUUCCUACACCUUCCCCCAGAUACUUGGGGUGGCUCUGGCAAAUGAGAUGUUGUUCUGUGGGAGGAAGCUCACAGCACAGGAAGCCUGCAGUCGUGGGCUGGUCUCCCAGGUCUUCUGGCCCACCACAUUCAACCAGGAAGUGAUGCUGCGGGUGAAAGAAAUGGCUGCCUGCAGUGCAGUGGUUCUAGAAGAGUCCAAAUGCCUGGUGCGGAGCAUCCUGCUGUCCGUUCUCGAUGACGUCAAUGAGAAGGAGUGUCAGAUGCUGAAACAGCUGUGGUGCUCCACUAAGGGCCUGGAGGCACUCUUCAACUACCUGCAGAACAAGGGCUACGAGGCCUGAGCCAGCACCUGCACACCCGCAUCGUCUGGAGACGGGAGCUGGAGAGCCGGCGCUGGCCAAGGCUUUGUGAUCUUGAGAGAAUGAGAGUGCGAGAGUGUGUGAUUGACCGUAGACCUUCCCACUGCCCUGAGAACAAAACAAAGCCUGACCAGUCUUGAUUGUUUUUUUUUUUUAUUUCAGGCUUGGUCAAGGUCACAACAAAAGAGAGAAAGAGAGAGAGAGAGAUGUGUUCUGACCUUUCACUGUUUCUAAUGUGUACUGUGCAAGGUGUGGCUUGUUUUGGGUCUUUUGGGUUUUCUAUGUGCUGUCGCCAGCGUUGUGCUUUUGCACCCCUAUCGUUCCCAGAGCUUUAGUUUCAAGGAAGGUCCAGGAUCGCUGAGCUAGCUGUGUGAUCAGCCUGUGAGGAGAUGAGGGGUCAUGGUUUGGCCUCCAUCUUUCUCUCAGUGGUAGGUCAUUAAGUCAUCCAAAGGUGGUAAGGCUGGAGUAAUGAUCUCAGAGCACUUCUAGAACCAAAAGGAAGCAGGCUCCAUGUUUUAAAUUGAAAUGUCUUUUCUUUUGUUGAUUGCCCAUGGGUACGGCAGAAACUUUCUGAACUUAUUCAUGUAUGAAGCCCUUUGUCAUAUUUAUUUGUUAUGCAAAACAGUUCAAUGAAGUGUAAAACUGCUAUGAUAGCCAUGUUAGUUGUGCUCCUCCUUGAUUACUUGAUUAGCAGUACAAUAUUUAAAUUGUGGGUUUUCAUCAGUCUUCAAUUUUGUAAUAAUGAUUUUUAAUCUCUCCAGGUGUGUAAAUGUACACAUAUUCUUAUCAUAAACCAAAGGUUGGCGACACAGAUCACAGUUGCUUUUUGACUAGAAUGCAUUUCACCUUCACUGUGCGGAUCGAAACUGUGUAUGAACAUAAUUAUAGUUUUCUAAAAGCUUCUAAAAUGCACCGUCUUCGCAAAGGGAAGGGAAUGUUGCAAACCAUAAACACCACAAUUUGUUUUUAGAACUUUCAGUAUUUUUUCCCACAGACGCAACAAGCAACAUGAACAUUAAUUAUAACAGGAGGUAAUUUUAUUUAUAAUUUAUUUUGAGCCGACUGUAGAAUCCUGCUCAGCCACUUGGUUAGGGAGUUGUGACUUCAGAGGCUUUCGUAUUAUGAGAUUAAAUCCAAACAGUGUGUUGAAAACAAUUGAAUAUUAACAUUAUUUCACAAUGUUUGUGUGUGUAGCUUAUAGUAAACAGUCAGGUCCAUCUAUAUCUGUGCAAUGCAGCUUCCUAUGUAUGUGUAGAUAUGCCCUUUGCACUAAAGGAUCAUUGAAAAGGCCAUUACUAACAGAUACAGCUCUGUAUAUAAAGGGUGAAUAGAGACCUGAGACCGAAAACACAUGCAUUUCUUUCUUUUUGUAAAAUGAUUCAAGAGCUGAAGCUGAAUCUCUCAUGCAUUCAGUCAUUACUUACAUGACAUACACCAUGUCUUCUGAAGGAUGUGGUGAUGAAAUGUGUUGUGGAGUUUACUUUUAAAAUGGUGCUCCUUGUGGUUCUUCCUAUUCUAUUCUGUCAAAGCUGUUCAAGCAGUGAUGACAGCACUGUGUUUUGGCAGUGUGGAGAGUGCACAUUUUAAGCACUGAAAUAUCCAAAGUGACAAUAAACACCACAUAAGAUGGUUGUCAGAAGAGACAUUUGAGCUCAGAGAAAAGCUUGAGGGGGUGGAGAUUUUUAUUAUUUAUUUAUUGCCAGAAGAUGCUUCCUGGAGAAAAGUGUGUAUAUUUGCUCUUAGUUUUAAAGUGUGUGGUUGAAUUGAAUCUUUGUGGUGUAAAUAUAAGAGAGGCAAAGGUCUAAAUCAUUGUGCAUAGUUUGUAUCCAUAUGUAAAAUUAGGUCAAGUAACUAUACGUUCACUGGUACAUAAGAUUGUGUAUUUUUGUAUAAAGAGAAACAUAAUGUCCUCUUCGUCCCAAAGUUAUCAGAUCGUGUCAUCACACCUGUCAUCAGUUAGGGUGUCCUUGUUGUGAUGGUGGUUGUGCUGCAGAAGUAACUGUCUGCAUGUCAUGUCUUCAGGAUAUAUGUGUAUACAUAUAUAAAUAUAUUAUAUAUUUGUUUAUAUACAAUGGCAGAUGUAGUUUUUUUGCGAGCAUUUUUACAAUAUUGAUACUGUUUAUGGUAUGAAUCUGUACACAUUUACAGUAUAGUAUAGGCUGUUAUAUCGUGUAAUUAUGCAUGUAAUAUAUUGUAGAUAAUUGUCACCGUCAAAACUUUAUAUUUCUGGUGUUUUUUGUAUAGGCAUAGUGAGCAAUUGUAGAAAUGUUGCACAGUUUAUUUUUUUAUUUAUUUAAAGAUUUUAACCAGUGAUCCCUGUGGGGCAACAGUGCCAUAAUAUUUAACUCUCCCUGAAGCACAUUUGAGUUUCUUUUAGACUUAUACAUAACCCCAGAAAAUGAUUUCACGUGAAUGUAAAAGCGUUAAUAAGAGCUUGUGAACUAUGUGUAAUGUAUUUUAACAUAUACAAAUUUGGUUGUGAUGCUGGACAUACCUGUGUACAAUCACUUUAUCUUAGAGAGGAUUAAUGAGUGAACAUGACAUUGAUUGGUAGUUUAUGUCAUUUACAUACAUUUAAAAAACAAAGAACAUUGCCAAAUCUGUCAUCCAUUUGUCUAACCCAUGGAUGAUAUGCAGUGUACAGUUUAAAAUAUGUGUAAUCAUUUGACAUCCUGUAGCAAUAUGGAAAAAAAAAUGAAUUUGUCUGGCGAGUUAUUUGAGAUUACAUCAGAAGUAACUUCUGAUUUUGUCCUCUCAACCCUGAGUGUCAUUAAUGGAAUCCUGGAUAAUAUCAAACACCAUUUCAUACCAUUGCACUAAUGACUGAUGUUGUAUGAAAUUGAUGGAUAACCUCAACAAUGUCAACAAGAAAUAAAGAAACAUACGUUUUGAUUGUACCUCUGCAAGACAGCACAUACAAACGUUCAAAACUGACAAAUAAUUCCAUCUAUGUACUUGACUGGGGGGAAAUCUUUAUUCUUCUGUUGUUGAUUUUAGUUGUUGUUUAAUGUGUCAAUCUUGUGUUGAAAUAUAUCCUCUGUAUUAUUUAAAAACAUAAUUAAUUUCUUGUAUUGCAUUUGGAUAAUUUAUUGCAUGCCAACUUUCUUAUAAUGCUUUUAUGAAUUUGUUAAAUUCCCUUCAAGAAUCUUUUGAUGUCCCCCUGACAACGCCAGGGGAGAACAGUUCCUACACCACAAUAUAGUUCAGUUCAAAUUUUCUGGGUGCCUUAGAAGUCGUUUCCUGUAGGAUCUGUAGAACACUGUCUUCACAUUAGUUUUGAGAGAGACGGUUGCAAUGAAAGAAUAAAAAGUUAACACGUA